GAGCGGUUGGAAUUUGAAUCUGCGGCGCGACGCUGCGGGAAGCCCGGAACCUUGGGCCAGCCAUGGAGAGCCCAGGCGCCACCGCGCGCUGUCCGCUGCGAGAGCAGCGUGCUCGAUGGGAACGGAAACGUGUCUGCACCGCUCGGGAGCUGCUGGAGACCGAGCGGCGCUACCAGGAACAACUGGGGCUGGUGGCCACGUACUUCCUGGGGAUCCUGAAAGCCAAGGGAACGCUACGACCACCAGAGCGCCAGACCCUGUUUGGGACCUGGGAGAGCAUCUAUGCCGCUAGCCUAGAGCUGCUUCCCUACUUGGAAGAAGGACACUGGGGGCCGGGACUAGAGGGCUUCUGCUCCCACCUGGAGCUCUACACUCAAUUUGCUGCCAAUGCAGAGAGUUCUCAGACUACCCUUCAGGAGCAGCUGAAGAAGAAUAAACGUUUUCGGAGGUUUGUGCGGCUUCAGGAAGGCCGCCCUGAAUUUGGGGGUCUUCAGCUCCAGGACCUGCUCCCUUUGCCUCUGCAGCGGCUCCAGCAGUAUGAGAAUCUGGUCGUGGCUUUGGCUGAAAACACAGUUCCCAACAGCCCUGACUACCAACAGCUCACACGGGCUGCCCGCCUGGUGAGUGAGACGGCUCAGGGAGUCCACGCCAUUGGCCAGAGCCAGAAGAACGCCCAGCACCUCCUGCGUGUCCAGGCUCUACUCAGCGGACGCAAGGCCAAAGGACUUACUUCAGGGCGAUGGUUCCUACGACAGGGCUGGCUUUUAGUGGUGCCUCCCACCGGGGAGCCUCGGCCCCGCAUGUUCUUCCUCUUCUCGGAUGUGCUCCUCAUGGCCAAGCCUCGACCCCCGUUGCACCUGCUGAAGAGUGGCACCUUUGUCUGCAGAGCCCUGUACCCUAUGUCCCAGUGUCAGCUCAACAGGGUCUUCGGCCACUCAGGAGGGACUUGUGGUGGUUUGCUCAGUCUGUCCUUCCCCGACGAGAAGCUACUGCUUAUGUCCACUGACCACGAGGAGCUGUCACGGUGGUACCACAGCCUGACUGUGGCUAUCAGAAGCCAGAACAGGCAGACUCACGGACGUGUCCAACCUUUUGACACUGCGACAUGACAUUGUCAUCCACAAAUGUGCUGGGCCACAUUCAUAACUAUCCUGGGAUAUAUGUGGCAGUUGGGCAUGCCUAAGAAGAAUCUUAAAAUUCCCGAACUCUGCAUACUCAGGGAAGGGCAGAGCCAAGAACAAAAGGGAAUCAAACUUCAGCUCUGGAAACACAGAGCCCUCCACAGGUUGACACGGGGCAUUUAACUAGCUUAUCAGAAAGCAAGCUGGCGGUGGUGGCGCACGCCUUUAAUCCUAGCGCUUGGGAGGCAGAGGCAGGCAGAUUUCUGAGUUCUAGGCCAGCCUGGUUGGUCUACAGAGCGAAUUCUAGGACAGCCAGGGCUCCACAGAGAAACCCUGUCUCGUUUUAAAAAACAAAAGCAGCAGCAGAAAGCAGGCCAAGCCAGCCCAGCCCCAGUUGAUCCAGCUCCUUUAACACCAUGCCACUGGGGGCUCAAUGCUGACCAGGUUUGCAGCUUAGCAAAGGAGGCCACUUCUGUUAACUGUGGUUUCUUGUUUUACUUUUGAGACAGGGUCUUACUAUGUGACCCAGGCUGACUGUGAACUUGAAAUCCUCCUGCCUCAGCCUUUCAAGUGUUGGGUUUACAGGUGUGUGCUGCCACACCUGGCUACUGUAUACAAUUUCUUUUCUUGAGACAAGGUUUCAUAUAGCCCAGGCUGGCCUUGAACUCUAGAUCUUCCUGAACUACCUCCUACUUUGUAAAAGUUCUAUAAUUUAUUUUCCUACUGGAUUUUAAUAAAGUGCUGUUUUAUUGUG